AGCCCUGCUGCUGAAGCCAGACUGCAGAGCAGGGGCGCCAUGGCGGCGGUCACGGUGGCCAAGCCAGAGACUCAUCGCAGGGAAUAUGCCUACGUGCAGCUGCCGAACAACCUGCGGGCCAUCAUCGCCUCCGAUCCGGCGUGCGACAAGGCCGGAGCAGCGCUGACCGUGAACGUGGGCAUGUGCUACGAGAGGAAGGACCUGCCCGGGCUGGCGCACUUCCUCGAGCACAUGCUCUUCACAGGGACCAAGAAGUACCCGAAGGAGAGCGAGUACUCAGAGUACAUUAAGCAGAAUGGCGGGAUGACGAACGCGAACACCGCCUGUUACGUGACCAACUAUAUGUUCGAGGUGAAGCCAGAAUGCCUGGAAGGAAUUGUCCCUUCUCUCGCCAGAGGGUGCCAAUUGUGCGCGCGGCCAGAGCUCGAAGGUCGGGAUGCCUCCACUGGUUAUCUCGCUGGAGGACUGGAGCAGUCGAGAUGUGUACAUGAUGACCCCCCAGACAUGCAACGUCCUGAAACAAACCAGGACGGCCUCUGGGGGCCCUUGCCCAGCCCCUGGACCGUCGAAGGGUCGGGUCUUCGUGAACCGCGUAUUGAACGAAUCAGGACAUCGACUGUCUGGACCCGUGUCCUCGACUGGCACGCGGACACCUACUGACGCGAUGGGCAGGCCAACUUCCGCUGAGACCCUAGGGCCUGCGGCCACGCGCUCUCGCGGGGCUCAGGAUCAGCGUUCUGUUCCGCUGUGUCUUAGACGAGUGUCUCCGCUGAUCCUACGGCUCCACUCCCUGUAUCUCAAGAGGGGCGUGUAGGCGUGUAUGACCAGGUGCGCGUCGCAUCUAUACUCUGUAUAUGUAUAUGUAUAUAUAUAUAUAUAUAUAUAUGUGUUUCAGCACGCUCUCCGCGCAACCUUGAACAUUCCAUGCGUAAAGGAGUUGUGACUGAGCGCAACGCGUGCCCCAUCCCUGGGGGCGAGGGAGUGUUGCACUUAAAGGAACGUAAUGUAAUGCCGCGCAUCGCUCUGCUUUGAAGCCCCCCCGUCUGUUGCGCCAUCUCUUGGAAGAAGUCUCAGGGAGCGUGAGGGGCAGAACUUCGGGACCAUGUGCGAUGUGUUAUGCAAAGCUCUGGGGGUCGGGUGCGUCCAAGAGAGGAGGCAGGGGGCUAGGGGAG